UAUAGGGACUUGUACCAGAAUUUAAGCCCAAAUAAACAAUGAAGCAAAUAUUUCGCAAAUUCAUCAUAAAACCCAGAAAAUCCCGCAAUUCUUCAUCCUUUCUCUCGGCUACCGUUCUUCUACGUAAGUCGAGAGAGAAACUGCAAAGUAUAUAUAAAACCAAAGACUCCGCUGUCCGCCGAUCUCGUUUUCCAUUUACUGACCGUUUGAUGUACGUAAUAUUUGUUUUGAGCUUUUGAGAUCUGAAUCUGAUAAAAAAAGAAGGCAUGGAAGAGUUGAGAUCAGCUAUGGAGGGGCACAUGGAAUUAAUGUCGGAUCUAGUUCAAAAGCUAUCGUCGGAGAUCCGAUCUGGUAUCCGACCCGCUUACGAUAACUUCAUCGGUUUCUUCCACGCCAUCGACUGGAAGGAACCAUGGUUGAUGUCCUUACUGGCAUUCCAUGUUGUCUUACUGAUAACAACAAUCUUCUCCAGGAAGAAUACUAAUUUCCAGAUGUGUCUGUUCCUUCUGACAUUGCUUGGUGUAUAUUUUGCCGAGUCACUGAAUAGAUUACUUGGUGACAACUGGAAGAAAUUUGCAACCCAAAACUAUUUUGAACCAAGUGGACUUUUCUUAUCGGUGCUCUGGUCCGGACCUCUUCUCACUAUUGCCAUCAUCAUCUUGGUCAAUAAACACUCUGUUUUGCAGUGUUACCUAAUAGUUCGUUGGAAAAAGGCCGAACUCAGACACCGUGCAAGGCUUUCCCGCAACAAGCAGGACUGAAAUGGGCUGGUGGUGCAUUGCUGCCCUCUCCUAGUUCAAUAGCAUGUGCAUUUAUCAACUGCAUAAGGAAAAUCGGGACUGAGAAAGAGGAUGAGAAGCUGGAAAUUGGUGACAAGAAAAAGAUGGCAGAAAGCCGAUUCGAAGAAUCCGGAGAUUAGCUUGGCUGGUUCAUGCAGCCGAAACAUACCUAUUCAAAGGAGUUGGUUUUAACACCAAUAUAGACAAAUAUUUCCGUCAACUUUCAUUUUAGUACUACUUUUCAUUCAAUUUGGGUUUUAAAGUCAUUUUUGUUCGGGUCAAUUUCGAGU